AUGUAUGGCGUGAUCGCCAAAAUAAUCUGGGCAUUUGCCAGUCUACUGCUGAGGCAGUCUCAUGCGCAAGCGCCGGAUGAAUGUGCGAUGGUUCACGCCAUAAUAGCCCGGGGCCAAGGUGGCGGCGACGAUCUGAAUGUGAUGAGCACACUGUCGGACCUGAUCCUCCAGCAGAUCCCGGGAUCGACCACCGUUGGCUUACCCUACGACCAUGAAAAUGUUCUAAGCAAUGAGGCUAAGCGGCUCACAGUUCAUGACGGUGCAGUUCUAAUGCAGGAGUUUAUUGGGGAGUAUAGCGAAAGCUGCCCCGAGACUAAGCUUGUAGUAGUUGGCUAUUCAAUGGGCGCGAUUGUCAUGAUGGAUGCCAUUUGCGGAACUAGUCAGGUUGGGUUUUUCUUCGUCGCUCCUCUUAAACGAAGUUACAAUGAGUCAAUCAUAGCUGCCAUCGCAUAUGGUGAUGAAACUUACCUCCCCGGAAUGCCCUGGAACGUGGAUUCUAAGGCCGAUAGCUAUUUUGACAGCUGGUCUAGCAACCUCGAUAAUGCCUCCACAGAAACCCGGCACAGCUUAGUCCUCAAGUAUGAGACUAAUUUCGAGGUCAAUGUUAAGAGUGAUGAUGGCAUAGUGACCUCACGUUUAAUCGUUUGUAAACACGGUGAAGCCAUAAUUCAGAGGCCGAAGUUCUCAGCAUCCCCUGAUGCCCACCGCCUCUACUCAAGCCCCCCGAGAUCAUCGCCACGACCACCACCCGCGCCCCAAUCCCGCUCCAAUUUCCCAGUCAUCCCCAUCAUCGCCCUUCUCGCAAUCAGCUCAGGCGCCUACGUCCUCCUAGUCAAAUCCCGCACCGGCCAAGCCCCAACCCGCAAGGAAUUCUAA